AUGGGCUCAGCUGGAAAACGGCCAAACUUCCUCGUCAUCGUCGCAGAUGACCUUGGAUUCAGCGACAUUGCCCCGUACGGGGGUGAAAUCCAGACGCCCAAUCUCGAAAGAAUGGCCAAAGACGGUAUUCGAAUGACGAACUUUCAUACGGCUUCGGCCUGCUCGCCCACUAGAGCGAUGCUCUUUUCGGGAACCGACAAUCACAUCGCUGGCUUAGGGCAGAUGUCAGAGCACAUGCGUGCUUUUGGUGACUAUUUUAAAGGGAAGCCAGGGUAUGAAGGCUACCUGAAUUGGCGAGUUGCUGCUCUGCCUGAGAUCUUGCAGGACCAAGGGUAUUUCACCGUCUUGUCUGGGAAAUGGCAUCUCGGGCUACCUAAAGAUUUGGCGCCGUGCUCACGGGGCUUCAGCAAGAGUUUUGCUUUUUUGCCUGGAUCAGGCAACCACUACGGCUACGAGCCCCAGCUCGAGGAUGGCGAGAUUAAGAUUCCUUGUCUCAAUACUGAUGGCUUUUGGAUGGAGGGCGGUCGUUUCAUUGACCGCAAAACCGAACUUCCUGCAGACUUUUACUCAACAACAUCAUUCACCGACAAGCUGAUCAAAUUCCUCGACGAGCGAGACUCGGAAGAAAAAGCCAAACCCUUUUUCUCAUGUCUCACGUUCACAGCACCACAUUGGCCACUCCAGGCGCCCCGAGACGUCAUUGAAAAGUAUGCUGGGAUGUACGACGACGGGCCAGACGAAUUGACCAAGAGGAGAGUGGAAAAAAUGAUCAAACUUGGUUUGGUCGAGGAAGGCGUCGAGGUCGCCGCUCCGGUCGGCACCCUAGGGAAGGAAUGGACGGACAUGACCCGUGAGGAGCAGACAAUCUCUGCUCGGAAGAUGGAGGUCUUUGCGGCAAUGGUGGACGUAAUUGAUCAGAACGUGGGGAAGAUGCUCGACUACCUCAAGUCCUCCGGCGAGCUGGAUGACACCUUUGUUCUUUUCAUGUCGGACAACGGGGCCGAAGGGGCCAUGCUGGAAGCUCUUCCGAUGAUGGGCGGACCCAAAACAAUGGGUGGCAUCAUUCAAAAGUACUAUGACAAUCGUCUUGGAAAUAUCGGAGACAAGACUUCGUUCGUUUGGUACGGGCCAAGAUGGGCAUGCGCCGCUACAGCCCCUUCGCGAGGAUCUAAAUGCAUGAUCACAGAAGGCGGAAUCCGCUGUCCUUGUCUGGUCCGCUACCCCCCUUUCAGAGCCCAAGAUGCCGCCAUCACGCAUGCAUUUACCACGGUCAUGGAUAUUUUACCCACGAUCCUCGAGCUCGCUCAAGUCCCGCACCCAGGUACCAAAUUUCGAGGUCGCGAGGUCGUGCUUCCGCGGGGGAAGUCAUGGGUCUCGUAUCUGAGCUCUGCAUCUGGCCUCGCCACCGGUAGCGUCCAUGGUGAAGAGACCCACGUCCACGGCUGGGAGUUGUUCGGCCAACGGGCUAUACGAGAAGGAACCUGGAAAGCCGUCUGGAUCAACAAGCCUCGCGGAAAGGACGACUGGGAACUUUACAACAUUGCCGAAGAUCCUGCAGAGCUGCACGACCUAUCGGAAUCAGAGCCCGAGGUGCUCAAGAGGCUGGUCGACCAUUGGGAGGUGUACUUCGCCGAGACUGGCAUGAUCCAAACUCCGACGUUUGCGGUGACCAAAGCCUAG